UAUCUAAAUGAUAUUACUAACCUCAUUCAAGGUGAAAGAACAUUUAUGAUAUUUAUCUAAAUAAGAUCACGUACUUUUCUUCAAUUUACUACUCUAAAGUAAUCUUCCAAGCAAAGCAGAAUUGUGGAAUUUGGGCCAAUUUGCUGUUUGUAGUCCCUUUCCCUAAAAGAACACAAUGGGUAGUAAAAGGAAAGUUUGUAUAAUUGGAGCAGGGCCUUGUGGUACCUCAGCAUUAUUCCAUUUUGAUCAGAUCAGUGACCCUUCGACUGAAGUCGUCUGCUACGAGAAAAGCGACACGUGGCUUGGGCUUUGGAACUUUACAUGGAUGACGGGAACUGAUGAAUUUGGAGAACUUUGUCAUGGUGGCAUGUACAGACAUCUUUGGUCGAAUGGUCCUAAAGAAGGUCUUGAGUACCCGGAUUACACAUUUGAUGACCAUUAUGGAAAAGCAAUACCAUCUUUUCCUCCACGUCGCGUCUUGAGAGAUUACAUGGAAGGGAGGCUUGUCAAGAAAAGUAAAUCAGAUUUAAAGCGUUUUAUUAAAUGGAACACCGUUGUAAGGUAUGUGACCUACAACCAAAAAUCAGAUGACUUUACAGUGACAGCGGAAGAACUUAAAACAGGUCGUACUUUUGAAAACAAAUUUACACACGUCAUCGUUGCCAGUGGAAUAUUCAAUAAUCCGAACAAACCAACUUUUGAUGGCAUUGAAACUUUUCCUGGCCGUACAAUUCAUUCGCAUGACUUCCGGGAUGCUGCACAGUUCAAAGGUCAACGUGUACUGGUUGUUGGAGCUAGAUAUUCCGCGGAAGAUGUAUCCCUACAAUGUAUGAAAUUUGGCGCAAAGAGUGUGGUCACGUCUUACAGGUCAAAACCAAUGAACUUCAAAUGGCCAUCUGGAAUUGAAGAAAGACCAUUAAUAAAGAAAAUUGAUGGAAAAAUAAUACAUUUUAUCGACGGCAGUUCAGCAGAAGUAGAUUCAGUUAUUCUAUGUACAGGUUAUAGAUAUUGUUUUCCGUACCUUGAAGACAAUUUACGCCUGAAGUCAACUCUUUCGGUGUAUCCUGCUGGUUUAUACAAGGGAUCCCUCUGGUUGAAUGGUGGUAACAGAAAAAUGUUUUACAUGGGAAUUCAGGACCAGUACUUCUCUUACACAAUGUUUGAUGCACAGGGGCUAUGGAUAUCUAGGUUUAUAACUGGAACUUUACCGAGCGAACCAAAGAGCAUUGAAGAAAUGAAGAAAGAGGAGCAAAAAUGGGUACAAAGACGCCAAAACGUGAAAGAUUGCCAUGACGACAUAGAUGUACAAGCGGAUUUUAUUGCAGAUCUUAGCAUCGGAACUGGAUAUCACCCCAAUGCACCAACUGCACGUGCGGCAUUCCAUAAGUGGGAGCAAGAUAAGGAUGAAAAUAUUGUCACUUAUAGAGACCAGCAAUUUAAAUCGGUCUAUUCUGGUACGAUAGCUGCUAAGCACAAACCGUGGUUUGAGGACUUCGACGAUUCAAUUGCUUCUUUUAUCAAAUAAAAAGACAUACGCAGUAAUAUGAAUUAUCUUAAAAUGCCAAACUGUCUUCAUCAGAAUAAACAAUUUUAUAUAUAAAUAUAGGAAAGUUAUCAUUCAUAUGCUUUGCAGGAAGUGUGGAAUGUAAAAAUGUGUUUGGCAUGUAUACUAGGCUAUAUUAUAAUGUUCAUCUAUCUUAUGAAGAAU